AUGGACGGGAAGGGGCGGUACAACGACAACACCUUCGUGGAGCGGUUGUGGCGCACCGUGAAGUACGAGGAGGUGUACCUGAAAGCCUACGCCAACGCCAGUGAAGCCAGGAGGGAACUGGGCGCCUACCUCCGGUUCUACAACGACCAGAGACCUCAUCAGGCCUUGGGCUACCGGACACCGGCCGAGGUGUUCCACCAGGUGACCGAUGUUGGAGAAGAGGGGGCGGUCCAAGCCAAGGAGUCUCCAAUAGCCCAGACGCUGGUAUCAUCGGCAGGAGCAGCGGGACUCUCGCCUAAUUCCACCUCGAUCCUAUCCAACUGA